UAAAUUCUUAGCUUUCGCGUUUUAAAAGAUAUAUAUAUGCGUUUUUUAUAUAAUACAAUAUUUACAACACUGUUCAUGCUAAUUCGGUUUAGAGACGCUAAAAAAGGAUUGAGGAAAGUUGUUAAUAUGUGUGUGAAAAAUAUAAGAUAGGCAAAGUGUUUAUAUGAAAAUAUUGAACGUUAAAGGAAAGAAACUAACGGUUUCCAUCACUUUAGAAGUUAUUUUAUAAUAAUUAUCAACUUGAAAAAUAAAAGCAAAGAAGGAUGAUGGCUAGGCGCGGUGGCAAACGUAUACGAAUGGAUGAUCCGCCACCGGAAUAUGAAGAGCAGGGCGACCCACCAAAUGAAAGUGUUUCCGACGGUGAUAGUCCAAAUAAACGUAUGACUCGUCUUAGAGCUCGGGGUGGCGUAAGAGAUAAGCCCCCAAUUAUUGAUGACGACGAAGAUGAUUUUUUUGCCCCGGUUGUACGGAAAAGGAAACAUCCUGCUCCGAAAAAACCACCAGCGGAACGUCGUGAAAGAGUUGAGCGUCCGCGCAAAGAACACGUAGAAAAAGAACAAGAACGCAUUGACAUUGAACGAGAUGUCACAACUGAUGAAAGUAGCUUGUAUUUCAUUGUGAGACAUUCAAAAUUGCAUAUAGCAACUAUUGUUGAAGACUGGAUCGAACAAUACAAACAAAAUCGUGACUCAGCCUUGAUAGCAUUGAUGCAAUUCUUCAUUAAUGCGAGUGGGUGCAAAGGCAAAAUAUCUGAGGAUAUGCAACAUCCAAUGGAACAUACAGCUGUAAUACGUAAAAUGACUGAGGAAUUCGAUGAGGAAAGUGGUGAAUACCCUUUAAUCAUGCCAGGUCAACAAUGGAAAAAAUUUAAAAUGAAUUUUUGUGAAUUCGUACAUACCCUCGUUAAGCAUUGUCAAUAUUCCAUUAUAUAUGAUCAAUUCCUUAUGGACAAUGUAAUAUCGUUAUUGACCGGACUUUCUGACUCUCAAGUGCGGGCUUUUCGACAUACUGCUACUCUUGCGGCCAUGAAACUGAUGACAGCCUUAGUUGAUGUGGCCCUUUUGGUCUCAAAUAAUUUUGAAAAUGCCGCCAAACAAUACGAAGCUGAACGUGUUAAGUCACGUGAUCGUCGAGCUUCAGACCGUUUAGAGUCUUUAAUGGCAAAACGGGCUGAACUCGAAGAAAAUAUGGACGAAAUUAAGAAUAUGUUAACUUAUAUGUUCAAAUCAGUAUUUGUUCACCGAUACCGUGAUAAUCUUCCCGACAUACGAGCAAUAUGCAUGGCUGAGAUAGGCGUGUGGAUGGAGAAUUAUCCGCAAAACUUUCUCGAUGAUUCUUAUCUAAAAUACAUCGGUUGGACGUUGCACGAUAAAGUUGGUGAGGUACGUUUGCGGUGCUUGCAAGCCUUGCUACCUCUAUACGAUAAAGAAGAACUAAAAGGAAAAUUAGAGUUAUUUACCUCCAAAUUUAAAGAUCGUAUUGUUGCAAUGACUUUGGAUAAAGAAUUCGAGGUGGCUGUCCAUGCUGUAAAAUUAGUUAUCAGCAUUCUUAAAAUUCAUCCAGAUAUUUUGGCUGAUAAGGACUGUGAAAUUGUUUAUGAAUUAGUGUAUUCAUCUCAUCGCGGUGUUGCGCAAGCAGCUGCCGAAUUUCUAAACGUACGAUUAUUUCAUUUAACAGCAGACAUGGAAGAAACGAAAACCAAACGGGGCAAACUACGCUUACCUAAUACCCCUCUAAUAAGAGAUUUGGUACAGUUCUUUAUCGAAUCGGAAUUACAUGAACAUGGCGCCUAUUUAGUAGAUUCAUUUAUAGACAAUAAUCCAAUGGUUAAGGAUUGGGAAUGUAUGACAGAUUUAUUAUUGGAGGAGCCGGGCCCCAAUGAAGAAGUUUUGGAUAACAAGCAGGAGUCGACGUUAAUUGAAAUUAUGGUUAGUAGCGUUAAACAAUCUGCGACUGGUGAGGCACCGGUGGGUAGAGCAAGUAACCGGAAAAUUUCCUUAAGCGCGAAGGAACUGAAAGCCAUUCAGGAUGAAAAGAUACGUUUAACAGAACAUUUCGUAAUCACUUUGCCACCGCUUUUGGAAAAGUAUCAAGCUGAUAGUGAGAAAUUAACCAAUUUGUUGGCUGUGCCGCAAUACUUUGAACUGGAUAUAUAUACCACUAACAGGCAAGAAGCUAAUUUGCAGGCUCUAUUAGAUAAAAUAAGCUAUAUAAUGACAGUACAUACGGAUCGCGAUGUUUUGGAGACUUGUGCUAAAACUUUGGAAUAUUUGUGUACUGAAGGCAGUGCCACCUAUACGCGUUGCGAUGUAGCGCGUUCCAACAUAAUAGACAAUGCUGUCAAUAAGUAUAAAGAUGCAAUUGAUGAUUGGCGUAAUCUAAUAGCUGGUGAAGAAUUACCGAACGAAGACGAUAUCUAUAAUAUAACAAUUUCGUUGAAAGUGGUGUCCAUACUUUACUCUUCGCACAAUCUCAACCCAUGGAAUUUGUUUGAUUCGCUAUUUCAAGACGUAGAAGAAUGUCAAGCAAAAGAAAAUCCAGGUCGUAAUUUACCAAAUGAAGCAUUAGUUUACUGUAUAGAAGCGUGUUAUUUUUCCAUUAGCUGGGGCCUCUACUAUGUGGAAAACCAAUGCGAAAGCUCUCAAAUAACGGAAGCGGUAAAGGAACUAAGAUCAAAUUUAGAUAAAUAUAUGUCAGCUUGCUUUGAAUUAACACGCGACGGUCCCACAGAACAGAUUCAAGAAGCUGCUUAUCAAUCGAUAUGUGAUCUCUUGAUAAUAUUCUCCGAUCAACUGACGCGCAAUGAAAAUCCCAAUGUGCACACAUUGCAGUACAAAUCCACCUUGGACGAACAACUGGUGCUGAAUAAUUUUGUACAGCACUACGUGUUUGCUUUAAGACAAGAAGAUGUGCAAGAUGAAAAUCGUAUCAUGGAACUGCAUAAGAAACGCAAUUUUUUGGCGUCUUAUUGCAAGCUGGUGGUGUACAAUAUUAUACCAACAAAGAGUGCAGCUAGCAUGUUCAAAUACUACGUAAAGUGCUAUAAUGAGUACGGAGACAUCAUCAAGGCCACUUUGGGCAAAGCUCGAGAAAUUAAUAAAGUCAAUUUUGCCCUAACAUUGUUGCUGAGUCUGAUUGCAGUUUUUAAGGAUUUGCAAAAUCAGUCGGAAAAUGGUACAGUCUCCAAAAACUCACACGAAUUUAGUGAUCUAAAAGAACUAGCUAAGCGUUUUGCCUUAACAUUCGGGUUCGAUGCAAUUAAGAAUCGUGAGCCUGUCAUUGCUUUGCAUCGUGCGGGGAUUUUGUUUGCAGUGGGUGAUGUGCCAGAUGACCCUGUCGCGGCACCGACACGGCUACUCUUUUUAGAAGUACUCAAUGAAUUCAAUCACAAACUUCUAAAACAAGAUAAAAAGGUUAUAUUAAAUUUUUUGGAUCGUCGCCUAUCGCCCGCUAUGCCAUCCAGCAGAGCCGAAGAAUGGCAACCUUUGGUAUUAUAUCGUAAUUCAUUGUUACACGGAGAAACUGAUCAAGCUCCUGUAACGGCUACCAAGCGAGCCUAUGCUCGAAAGCGUCGUGGUGAUCAUGAUGAAGAAGACGACGAAGAUGACGACGAAGAAGAAAACAAUGAUCCUGAUUAUCGGGCGUAACUAUAUUAAAAUACAUAGUUUAAA